AUGUCCAUCCAUACUCCAAGAAAGAAGGCCAGGAUCCGUCUGGAUGACGACGUAUCCUCCGCAAAAACUCGCCCAGUGAACUCCCUACAAAAACAACGCGAGCAACUUCCAAUAGCACGAGGACGGGAAGCUCUCAUCCGCGAAAUACAGGAAAAUGACACAACGAUUUUACUAGGAGAGACAGGGUCAGGGAAAACCACUCAAGUCCCUCAAUACAUCCUCGAAUCGGGCAUCGCAGGCAAGGGCAUGAUCGCUGUCACCCAACCGCGUCGAGUAGCAGCAACGUCUCUCGCCGCUCGCGUAGCCGAAGAGAAAAAUGUCUCUGUCGGUGGACUUGUUGGAUAUUCCGUGAGGUUCGACGAGGCUUCUAGCUCCGACACCCGCAUAAAAUAUGUCAGUGAUGGCAUGCUCGUGCGGGAGCUACUGUCGGAUCAGUUGCUGUCGAAAUACAGCGUUAUAGUCGUAGACGAAGCGCACGAACGAACCCUUCGGACGGAUUUCCUCAUAGCAAACCUGAAAACGAUACAGACCGCUAGAAAUAAGGUGGGCGAUGUCAGUAGGAAGGGAAAGGGUCCUGCGUCAGCCCUUAACCCGUUAAAGCUCAUUAUUAUGAGUGCAACGCUGGAUGCCGAAAAGUUCAGCAAGUUCUAUAACAAUGCUCGAAUACUCUAUGUCAAGGGUCGACAACACCCUGUCCAGAUAUUCCACACAUCUGUCAGCCAGACGGAUUAUGUUGAUGCUGCUCUACGGACGUUCUUCCAAAUCCAUACUGAUAGACCUCCAGGAGAUGUCCUUAUAUUUCUUCCAGGCCAAGAGGAUAUCGAAAGUUUAGACAAAUCGAUAAAAAUGUAUGCUCGUAGACUUCCUGAGGAGCGUAUGACUGUUCUAACAUGCCCAAUGUAUGCUGCCUUGCCGCCUGCGCAGCAGUCUAGAAUAUUUUCGUCCGCCCCUACAAACGCUCGGAAAUGUAUUCUUGCUACUAACAUCGCCGAGACGUCCAUCACGAUACCUGGAAUAAAAUACGUAAUCGAUACCGGCAAGUGUAAGGAAAAAAGAUAUUUGUCAAAGGAUACAGGUGGAGGUUUUGAUACCCUGUUAACUCGAGAUAUCACAAAGUCGUCUGCUAUGCAGCGGGCUGGUCGCGCCGGUCGCGAAGGUCCAGGGUUUUGUUUCCGCCUGUACACAGAAGACGCAUUCAAUUCUAUGGCACUUUCCGCAGAGCCCGAGAUUCGCCGAUGUAGCUUAACCCAGAGCGUCUUGCAAUUGAAAUGCCUCGGUCAAGACUUUGAAGCGGUCGAUUUCAUGGAUCCUCCCGAGAUUGGGUCAGUCAUUUCCGCACUCAAAACUCUUUGGCUUCUUGGUGCGCUAGACAACUCCAAGACUCUAACCACAUUGGGACGUCAAAUGGCAUCCUUCCCUGUGGAGCCGUACUUCGCGCGUAUCAUCCUCGCAUCCAAAACCCACGGCUGCACCUCCGAGGUAAUAGACAUCGUGUCCCUUCUCUCAUCCUCUUCUGCUCUUUUCCUCGAUAUCUCCGACCAGCGCGAUACUAUUUCAGAAGUUCGGGGCAAGUUUCGUCAUGCGAGUGGGGAUCACAUGACGAUGCUCAAUGCCCUCCGAUCAUACCAAGAGGUCGCCGCAUCUGAUAGCAAGGGUGCAAGAAAAGAAUGGUGUCGCCAGCACUUUGUGAAUGAAAGAACGUUUGUGGAGGCGACAAAGAUUCGAGAUCAGCUGAGACAGACAUGCCAACGAGUUGGCAUUGACUGGCAUGCUUCUACGGCAGAUAACGAGGAACCAGUGCUAAGAUGUUUUGUCACUGGCCUCGUUCAGCAGUCGGCAUUUUUACAGCCGGAUGGAACGUACAAGCAAACGAUGGGUCAUUCUGUCAUUAAAAUUCAUCCGGGUUCCACGCUCUGCGACAAAAAACUACCCGCUAUCAUCUACGAUGAGCUUGUCUACACAAGCCAGAUUUAUGCGAGGGGUGUGUCCUCUGUUCCAAAGAGCUUCUUUAGUAACGUCACACCAGUAGCGAGGGAAGCAUAG